UUCGUGUGUGCAAUGGAGCGGAACCUUAACAAAACGGAGCGCGUCACCCCUGAACCUCACACGUCAACUCCGGCGCCAUUUUAGAAGGGGACAGUUUUCCGGUUUUCCUGAAGGAUUCGCGUAUUGCGGAUUUGUGAUUUAGUGCUAAGAUUCGUUUGUUUGAUUUGUUUAUAACGGUAAAACUAAUAGUGCGAAUGCUGUCUUCUUCAUCAUCGUUUUGUGUAAAUGUCGUUGUAUUUUUCAUAGAAUCUUUUUCAAUUUCAUUUACAAGCUUAACGAGUUUUACAUUUAGCCUACGACUUGUUCCACUGUUGCUGGUAGUAUUAUUAACAAUCCAUACAGACAUGUAUGACAUAUUUAAUGAAGCAAAUUGUAUAUUGCUACCCCAUUGUUGGGUUCAACUUGCCCUCUCCAAUAUGGCGUGUAGUGUACGAGCGAUGGAAUAAGGACGCGAAGUAGUUCCGGUUCGAUUUAUAACCUCGAACGUGGGAACGCGUUAAUGUUUGUGUUUGUUCACGUGCUUUUGUUUUCCUGAGUUUAAAAGCAGCUAUUUCGAUUUUUAUGUUUUUUUUAUUCUGAGGCAUUUUGGUCUCCGACAUCUCUGUCAGCAUGUUCACUCCACUCAGUCUGGUCGGCUUGGUUGCGGUGAAGCUGGCUUCUCUUCCAUUAUUGACUUGUCGCCAUGCCAGUCGCAGUGCCAGGGGCUGGAUGGGUGCCGCUACUCGCAGUAAUCCCCUGUCAGGAAACAGAAGGACUGAACAGCAUGAUAUUUCAGAAGACGACCUUGACAUGGACGAAGUGGAAUCCAAACUAGAGGCUCUUGUGAAAAAGGAGAGGAAAAGGGAAAAAUCUGCCAAAUUUCACAAGAUCAGGCAGAAACUGAGCAGCCCUGGAGCCCCUGAAAGACAAUUAAGUUGGGACGCCAUUCAGCAGAUCAGGUACCUAAAGCAAGAGUCGCCUGAGGAAUGGACGCUGCAGAAAUUAGCCGAGGGUUUCUCCGUCAGCACAGAUGUCAUCUACAGAGUCCUUCGCAGCAAGUUCACCCCACCUCCAGAGAGGAAGAUUAAACAGGACAUCAGAGUGUUAACCAGAGACGGACAGCUUUCCCUCCGAGACGGUAAAACAGUCCAGGCACAGAAAGACCAAUCACACCUGCCUUUACCCAACAGCUCUGUACUGGCCUUGAUUUCACCCGGGAACACAAGCACAGUCACCGCCCUGACCAGUGGUGCUCUGAUCCCAGCAGAGCGUGCGGCAGGACUGGUUCCAGCUGCUGCUCAAGUUUCUUCACCUUUAGUAAAAACAGCUCAGAUAUCAACAGUGGCUCAAGGGACAUUACAAGAGGAGCCUGCUGUGAGGCAAGAGCCUACUGAUGUGAAAGAGAGCACUGAAGAAAUAGAGGAGGACGAGGAGUGGGAUGGAGUGGUUUUCACAGACGAAGGAUUAGAGGAACUCAUCCACACAUUGAAAGAAAAACCCAGUUCAGUAGAACAAAAGGGUAGAGAGUUUUACGACAGCCAUGGCAACUUCUUGUACAGGAUUUAACCAUGUUUCUUGAAUAAAAAAAAAGCAGGCAAUGUU